ACACUCUAACAGAAAGACCCAAAACGAAUGAGAAAAAUCGCUGCUACAGUUUAUGCUUGAAAGGAGCGAACUAGUUCCGUUGAUCUUUCUGUCUCUCCUUUUUCCUCUGAAUCUAAUUACCUUCCGAUAGAAUGGCAUCCAGUAGGAGUCAAGGUGGAAUUCAGCAGUUGUUGGCUGCUGAACAAGAAGCCCAACGGAUUGUCAAUGCUGCGAAAAAUGAAAAAUUGGCUAGGUUGAAACAAGCCAAAGAAGAGGCCGAAAAGGAGAUUGCUGAAUACCGUGCUCAGCUAGAGUAUGAGUUUCAAAAGAAGGUGUCAGAUACUAGUGGAGAUUCUGGAGCUAAUGUCAAGCGGCUUGAGCAAGAGACUGAAGCAAAAAUCCAUCACCUGAAAAAGGAUUCUGCAAGAAUAUCAGAUGAUGUUGUAACCAUGCUCCUCAAGUAUGUAACUAGUGUGAAAAAUUAGGACCCUUUGAUGAUCUAUUUGGUGCUGCGGACUCCUAAAUUAUGUUGAUUAUCAUCCCGAUUUUAAUUGACUCUAGAUAUGUAUAAGAUUAUUGUUUUGGUUACAGUACUUAGCACCUUGCUACGAUAUAUUCAAAGAAAUAAUUUUAUGUUUGCUAAAGUAAGCAGUUCAGAA